UCUAGAGCUGUUGGACUUGACAGGAUUGACGGCCUUUAAGUGGCUGCAUUUGACUAACACACUGUGAACUUUCUAACGUGUCUGCAUGAUAAGGAUUUUGUUGCCAUCCGUUGCUGCCUGGGCAUCGUAGCCAUCAUCGUAUCUUUCCUAAUAUAUAGUAUAUUUAUACUCGCGACAGGGAUGAUGUCAACCAUGGACUUCCACUCACAGGUCGCCUCCAUCUUGGAGGUGCUAGCUAAUGCUGCCGUUGCAGAAAUCUGCAAACUAGUGGACGACGGCUACGCGGUGGUCCAGAUGGAAAUGACACAGAGCCAGAAAGAUAACGAAUGUCUUCGGCGGAAAAUUAAACUCCUAGAGCUGCAGGUGACCAGAUACCGGGCGGAAAGAUUAAGAGGCGCUGAAGGUUCGGUCCACAGUCGGUUCCCAGGUGUGCGUGUUACACACCGGCAAAGUCGGGACCCACUUACAGGUUCCCUUCUCCAUGGCAGAACACGGUUUCUCAACCGUGCCCGUGCAACUGCUCAAAAACCCGUACCUAUCGUACUGGACCAGGACCCUGACCAGGAGGUGGUAACCACUACCAAAAUGGAGUCACCAGAUGCUGAGGAAGAAGAGGAGCUUCGUAUUGUGAAAGUGGAAGGAGCAACACAGUGUGGCUCCACCAACACAGAGUCUCCACUGGCCUCCUCCAUCGGCUCCAAAGGAACAACAGAUGCUUCGAAAGCUGUCCACUCGACACCACCCUCCCAGAGUAUCAGCAAUGUCCAACCAACCACAUCUCAGCUUACAAUGGAGGCAGAGAGGCGUGAGAGAGCAGCUCAGUGUGAGAAGAGAAACAUCCAGGCUACACAGGUCUGAUCCGGCGCUGCAGGAGGUGUGGAUGACCAGACAGUGAGAGGGUGGAUUCAUUUUUUCACAAAACAAACACUUGGGACUCCCACCAGUGUUCACACCAUCCUCAGAGGGAGACUUCCACUGGAGUGGCACCUGCAGGACACAUGCAGUCAGACAUGCCUGGCUGUGAGAUGGACCUGAAGCUGCGCUACAGACUGACCCUGGUGUCAGGGAUGGUGGAGUGUCUUUGCUUUGCAGGAGUCGUGUUUGGUUACGCAUCGCUGGUGUUUGUUUUGAAGGAGGAAGGAUACUUCAGGCAGCAGUGUGACACUGCUGUGAAUGCUUCAGACUGCACCCAGCAGGAUGAGAAGUUCUCUCUGGUUUUUACUGUCGCAUCUUUUCUCAACAACUUCCUCACGUUGUUCAAUGGCUACGUUUUCGAUCGCUUUGGCACCUUGGUGACCAGGCUGCUGGGAAUAUCUCUCUACACCACUGGUACUCUCCUCAUUUCAUUCUCCUCUGCAGGCAUUUCAGAGGUGUUAUUUCCUGCUCUCUCCUGCAUUGCUGUGGGAGGAAUGUUGCUGCUUCUGAGCAACAUGCAGGUGGGAAACCUGUUUGCUGCUCACCGCUCUACCAUCAUCACCCUCUACAACGGCGCAUUUGAUUCCUCAGCUGCUAUUUUUCUCAUCCUCAAGGUUCUGCAUGAACAUGGAGUCCCUCUUUACUCCUCCUUCCAUGUUCUGUCUGUCUGUUCUGUGGUUCACCUGGUUCGCACCUUCCUGCUGCUGCCCCGAACCCGAAUCCCCUAUCCACUGCCUCAGAGCUACAGCUACGGAGUUACCUGUGCCAAAUCGGACUCGUACAAUGUGGAGCAUCUGGGGACUGAGAAGGAUGCAGUGACCACAGCUCUACAGUCUAGAGAGGCAGAAGCUGAGGAGGAGGUGAUGAUCAAAGACACAUUAAAUGUGAGAAGCUUCUGGAGUUGUGUGCUUUCCUGGCUCUUUGCAAGACACUUGGUGUGGCUGUCCAUCAUGCAGCUGAGACACUACCUCUUCAUCGGCACGCUGAACCCCAUGCUAAACCGCCUCGGUGGAAAUGACCCGGACCUUGUGAGCCAGUACACCAACGCUUUUGCCAUCACGCAACUGUGUGGGGUUCUCUGUGCACCGUGGAAUGGUCUCAUCAUGGACCGACAUAAGGACAAACCUUUGGCUCCAGGAGACACAGAGCAGGAGGCCGAUCUGCGCUCCUCCAGCCUCUCACUGCUGCUCACUGCUGUGCAGUGCCUGCUCUUCUCGGUGUGCGCCUCCAUCCCCCUUUUGAAACUCCAGUACAUCACCUUCAUCCUGCAGGUGCUCAAUCGCUCCUUCCUCUAUGGUGGAAACGCAGCCUUCAUCAGUGUUGCUUUUCCAGCAAACCACUUUGGGAAGCUGUACGGCCUCGUGAUGUCCAUGUCAGCAGUCUUCUCUCUGCUGCAGUAUCCCUGUUUCGCACUCAUCAAAGGGCCACUGGGCGGAGACCCCCUUAUUGUCGAUGUCACGCUGACGCUGCUCACUCUGGUCGUCUUCAUUCAUCCCAUCUGCGUCUUCUUCCACUGCAGACAGGGUCACUGCCAAAGGGAUGCCAGCCAGGCCAAAGAUACAGCCUGAACAUUCCAUCAUACACAUAUAAGCCUGCUAGAUGGAAGUGUCAUCUUUUGCAGGUGCCCUUUCAGGGAUAGCUGAUUUGCCCACCUGUUUAUCUCACUUUAUUCCCACCCUCCAGCUGCCUUGAUUUCUAUCUUCAUUGUCUACACCUCCAUUCUUCAGCCUGUCGGUCUACCUACUGUAUGUGCACCUCCAGCCCUCCAUCCACCACCAGCCUUGCUGUCGCUAUGACUAUUACUCGACCUGUAAUUCACAACUGUUUAUCAGUUACUCUCACUGUAACGAGAUCCCGCUGUUGUACUCAUCCCACAAUGU